GAACGUGUGAUGUGGUGGACAUUUUCCAUUUGCACAAGUAAAGGAAUGAAUUAAAGAGUCAAAUAAAAAUAAAAAUGGAAAGCAAUUAAAUAGAUAGAUUUAUUUGUAUUUAGCAUUUAUUGUUGCGACACAUAGGUAACAAAUUUAACGUUGUUAUUGUUGCUUUUUGUGUUUCUUUUUCUUCUCUCUCUUUCUUUGAAGAGAACGCCCCCAAUAUCAUCACAACCUAGCACCAGCCCACCACUUCAAUUUUCAUGCCCAAAAAGAAAAAAAAUGAAAUUUUUCGAUUUCUCAAUGAAAAUGGGGUUUUAGCUACAAAACUUGUUUGCAGGGUGCCAAGGAUUAAGGUAUCAUUUUAAUAUUGUGGCAUCUUGGCCCUGCAAAGGUUGAUUUUUUAGUUCCAGAAGAAGUUUCUUUGGGUAUCAUUUUAAUAUUGUGGUGAAACAUCAUCAUGGGAAUAUCCUCCGACAACGUUAUUGGUCUUUGUUUGGCUCUGUCUUCAAGCAUUUUCAUUGGUUCUAGCUUCAUAAUUAAAAAAAUGGGUCUUAAAAAAGCUGCCACUAAUGGGAAUAGAGCAGCCACAGGAGGGCAUUCAUAUUUGUAUGAACCACGGUGGUGGGCUGGAAUGACUUCAAUGAUUGUUGGGGAAAUAGCUAAUUUCGCAGCUUAUGCAUUUGCACCUGCCAUCCUUGUAACUCCUUUGGGAGCUUUAAGUAUCAUUUUCAGUGCAGUGCUAGCUCACUUCAUCUUGAAAGAGAGAUUGCAUAUCUUUGGCGUUCUUGGAUGUGCUCUCUGUGUGGUGGGGUCUACAACUAUUGUUUUGCAUGCACCACAUGAGAGAGAGAUUCAUUCUGUCAAAGAAGUAUGGCAUCUUGCUACAGAACCAGGUUUUAUUGUAUACUCUUGCUUGAUGGUGGCGCUGGUAUUAGUCCUUAUUUUCGUUUUUGCACGGAGUUAUGGACAGACCCAUCUGGUUGUUUAUGUUGGAAUAUGUUCUCUCACGGGCUCAAUUACGGUUAUGUGUGUCAAAGCAGUAGGAAUAGCUUUGAAACUUUCAUUUGAAGGGAAGAAUCAAUUUAUUUACUUUGAGACAUGGUUCUUUACAUUAGUUGUGAUAGGAUGCUGCCUUUUGCAAAUCAACUACUUGAACAAGGCUUUGGACACCUUCAACACUAAUGUGAUAUCACCAGUUUACUAUGUCAUGUUUACCUCAUUUACCAUCAUUGCCAGCAUAAUCAUGUUUAAGGAAUGGGACUCACAAGAUGCGUCUCAGAUUGUGACAGAGUUGUGCGGGUUUGUGACAAUUUUAUCUGGGACAUUCCUCCUUCACAAAACUAAGGAUAUGGGAAAUAAACCCGCAGAAAUUUCUCUUUCUUCAAGUCCACACCGUCCUAACAAUACUGCUAAGACACCAGAUAGAUCCGAAAUUUGAAGCUUGUGAGCAGCACUUAUGUUCCCUCUCAAGCUAAACAUCCUCAGCUUGCUACUUUUUGGUUCUAACAAGCAGCUUGUAACAUUUUCGAAAAAUAGAAACAUCAAAAAGGUGUAAAUGUUAAAGAUCAAAGCAAGGAUAUCUUAUGACUUUAGGGGAUAUAAUGUUAGAUUCUUUGUUAGAUCAGAAGUCUUUCUCUUUUUCUUUUCCUUUCUUUCUCCUAGUUUUUUUUAACAAAUGUAAAACGUUAAUUGCCAAAAGUCCUAAAAAUAUAUUAAGGUUGAAACACCAUUUUUUUUU